AUGGGCGCUUUGGACUCCCUGGCCGGAGGAGCCGCCAACCCCACCACCGCCCUCACCAUGCUGAACGGGGCGGAGAGCCAAAGUUUCGCCAAGGAGCCCCCCGACCUGCCGGGCGCGCCCCCCAAGGACGCCGGCGAGCUGAAGCUGCCCGCCCCCCCGGAGCGCUUCUACUACCCCGAAGCCCACCUGCAGGACGGGCGCUGCGGCCUGGGGCUGGCCUACGGCGGGCAGAUCGUCCCGGGCGGCUUCGGGGGGCCCGAGCCGCCGCCGUCGGGCAGGUUCCUGGGGCCGGCCGGGAACAGCUGCUCCUCCUACCGGCCCCAGCCGCCGCCGCCCGGGCCGGCCCCUGCUCCGGCCGACCCCUGCUACCCGCUGUCGGCCGGCGAGAUCUACCCCGGCCCGGGGGAGCUGUACCCCGGCGGCGCGCACGGAGGCGAGGGCUGCUUCCCGGCGGCGGUCCAGCACGUGUUCCCGCGGGCCCCCCUCUACCCGGUGCCCGGCUACCAGGUGUCGGGCAAGAUCCAGGUGGUCCUCAACAACUACCCCCUCUGGGCCAAGUUUCACAAGCACCAGACGGAGAUGAUCAUCACCAAGCAGGGCAGGAGGAUGUUCCCAUUUCUCAGCUUCAACAUCUCUGGGCUGGAUCCCGUGGCCCAUUACAGCAUCUGUGUGGACAUUGUCUUAGUGGAUCAGCACCACUGGCGGUACCAAGGCGGGAAAUGGGUUCAGUGCGGCAAGGCGGAAGGAAACAUGCCAGGGAAUCGGACAUACAUCCACCCUGAUUCUCCGAAUACUGGCGCCCACUGGAUGCGGCAAGAGAUCUCCUUUGGCAAGCUGAAGCUCACCAAUAACAAAGGAGCGUCAAAUAACGUCUCGCAGAUGAUCGUGUUACAGUCCUUGCACAAGUAUCAACCGCGGCUACAUGUCACGGAGGCCAAGGAGGGCGAGGUGGACGAGGUGCCCUCUUCUCUCUGCACCCAGACCUUCGUGUUUCCCGAGACUCAGUUCAUUGCUGUGACGGCGUACCAGAACGCCGAUAUUACCCAGCUGAAGAUCGACCACAAUCCUUUUGCCAAGGGCUUCCGAGAUAACUUUGAUUCGAUGUACAACGCAGCUGAGGGAGACCGCACAACCCCCUCUCCCCCCAGCUCCGGCAGCUGUCAGCAGCUUCUGGCGGGCAGCCACUUCCAGCCCUUCUUACACGAUCAGUUCCCGCUACCCCAGAGCCGCUUCUACAAUAGGGAGCGUGGCCCACUCCCCCUGCAACCCAAGGAUACCCACCACUGGUAUUUUGCCUCCCAGCAGCCACCAACAGCCCCUCUAGAAUACGGCGCCUAUGAUGGUGACUACAGAGGGAACAAAUUUAUGCCCUACAGCGUGAAGCCAUUUGCCCUGCAGGCGUCACCGCACUCUUCUCUGCCCUACUACCAGGAGCACCCUUUCGGCCCCCCAGCAGCUUGGAGCUCCCCGUCCCAGUAUCAUCACCCCAAGCCCACACCAGGAGCGUUGAGCUGGUUCCGGCCCAUGAGAGAUUUGCAACCGGUGCCCUCCGGCGACGAAAAAGGGAAGGACAGCGAAGGCUGGGCCGAACCGGGUUCGGUGAAAUCAGCCGAUUCCUCGGACUCCGGGUUGUACGAAGCUGAGUGUAAGCGUCGCCGGAUGUCUCCCUACAUCUCCAGUGCUGAAAGUUCACCCCCCAUCCGCAACGGAGACCUCUAUGACAAAGAAGCCGGCGAUGCCGGUUAUUGUGGCUUCUACGGGAACUGAGG